CUGUGUGCGACCACCAUCAGUCUACCGGCUAACGAAGCGGACGUUUAACACGUUAUAAGGAUGUACGUCAUCGUACCUACUUCCGCGUUGCAAAAUAAGCUGGAUACAGCAGUGAAAGUGAAACUAAACACAGCGCAUUGCUCAUUUUAAAUACUACAUUAAAUUUGCAGAUGGAAAAUGAGUGUCAAAAUUUUUAUUGUCGAGCUGACAGGACAGCGAAGAACAGUAUGUGUGGAUUCAGAGGAACUGAAGAACAUGACUGUUGAAGAGUUCAAAAGAAGAUUCUUUCACGAAGAAGAAUACCAAUGGGGCAUCAGAUUAAUCUUCGAGGGCAAACAACUGGAGGAUGCUCGUACACUUGGUUCUUAUGGCAUACUAAACGAAUCUACUAUAUUUGCACUUCCUCGUAUACGUGGUGGAGGUCCACCUCCACCUGAAGAUGAAGAUAAAAGAAUACCCAGGACUGAAUCAAUGGAAGCAUUAGCUUCAAUGCAGCAGACUGAGCCAGAACCCAACAGAUCAUGUCUGAUUCUGUAGUUCAGCACAGCCUCGUAUAAAUCCAUACACUGUGGGCUCAUCAGUGUAAUAUCAUUUACAAUUACUACCAUAAAAUACACUGGCACACAUUCUCUUCUGAUUUCAGCCUCUUAGAGUAAAAGAGUUCAUAACAUAGAGGUCACAAUGAACUGAUCACCUGUACCAAAAACCCAGUGUAUAGUUAAAGAGUCAGCAGUUAACAGAAUAAUAACCCGUCCAUAAAGAACACAGAUUCACUCUGUCUCAGGAGAUCUCAAUGAUGACUGAAACCUUUAUUACGAGCAUUUCUCAUGUUAAGGGGCCAAUUAUAAAUUCUCUUGUGUCACAAAAUAUUUUACUGAAGAGGCUGAAAUCAGAUCAGAAUACAUGAUAUUGAAUUUAAUGGUAGAAAAUUUGAACAAAAUAUGAACAACAAUGUUUAAGGCUCCAUUAAUAGUCUUAAAACUGACCCUUUAUUCUGUCACCAUAAAAUAAAGUAUCUCAUGCAUAUUUAAUAAUAAAGUGUUUGUAGGUACAGUUUGAGCAGGUUUAGGGAGGGCUUUAUUGUCCCAACAAGGCAGCAUUCAUUUAAUAAUUUACACUCAGUAUGUUAUUAUAGCAUCUAACUACUAGCCCGUUUACACUUAUUGCAAAGAAAAUGCUGCUAUUUUUACACCGUGCACAUAGAAACUAUUAUUAUUUGCAGUUGGGAUAUCACUAAAAAAUGCUGAUAUUUCACUUGGUGUACAGAGCUUCUAUCACUAUUUGCAUUAUAUUAUGGUUAAACAAUGUUUUUAGGGCAGCUUCUGAUAGUCUCUGUGUUAUCACAUGUUUUACUGUAUAUGUGUGAUUAUAUACAAUUUAUAGAAUGUUGGUCAAAACAUUGUUUUGUUUACUUUUUUGUCAUUACACUACACUGUAUACAAACUACAAAUACUUUGAGCUUGUACCUGCCAGUGAUUGAUGUGUGUUGUGUUUUCAUUAUAUUAUCAAUCAAUAAAAUCAUCUAUUUCAUCA